AAUAGCCCAAAUUGUACCAUCCCCUUCAUUUAAAUUACUCUUUCUAUUUCCUAUAAGAAGAGUCUAGAUCUUCAAACCAAAACAUAAAAUUAUAAUUAGCCAUGGAGAAGAAGACUAACCAGGCCAUCUUCUCUAUAUUUUCUCUUCUUCUCUUUUCUUCAUGUGUCUCUGCUCAGCUACGGACAGGUUUCUACCAGAGAUCAUGCCCGAACCUUGAAAACAUUGUCCGUAACGCCGUCCGUCAAAAAUUUCAGCAGACUUUCGUCACCGCUCCAGCCACCCUCCGGCUCUUCUUCCACGACUGCUUCGUUCGCGGAUGUGAUGCUUCGAUAUUGUUAGCAUCUCCGUCGGAGAGAGAUCAUCCAGAUGACAUGUCACUGGCUGGAGACGGAUUUGACACGGUGGUGAAAGCGAAGCAAGCCGUUGAUAGAGAUCCUAACUGCCGCAACAAAGUCUCAUGUGCUGACAUUUUGGCUCUCGCUACACGUGAAGUCGUUGUUUUGACCGGAGGACCGAGCUACCCGGUAGAGCUAGGGAGGAGAGAUGGCAGGUUAUCUACGAAGGCAAGUGUACAACACAGUUUACCACAGCCCGGUUUUAACCUAAACCAGCUUAACACCAUGUUCAAUCGUCACGGUCUCUCUCAAACCGACAUGAUCGCCCUCUCAGGAGCGCACACUAUUGGAUUCGCACAUUGUGGAAAAUUCUCAAAGAGAAUUUACAGCUUUAGCCCUAAAACCCGUAUCGACCCGAGUUUGAACCGUGGCUACGCGUUUCAGCUUAGGCAAAUGUGUCCGAUACGUGUUGACCCAAGGAUAGCGAUCAACAUGGACCCAACAUCGCCACGUACUUUCGACAACGCUUACUUCAAGAAUCUCCAACAAGGGAGGGGUUUGUUUACGUCUGAUCAAGUCUUGUUCACGGACCGACGGUCUAGAGCUACGGUUAACAUGUUUGCUAACAGUGAAGGAGCUUUUAGGCAAGCUUUUAUUUCCGCCAUCACGAAACUGGGUCGUGUCGGGGUUAAGACUGGUAAUGCUGGUGAGAUUCGAAGGGAUUGUUCACGUGUUAAUUAGUCUGAUUUGAGGGGUUUUUUGGUUUGUUUCUUUUAUUCCAUAAAAAUAAAAAUGAAAUUUCGUAUUGUUUUUGAAAUAAGGAGUUCAAAAGUGUAAUGGAAAAUUCAAUUAAUAAUAAGAUGGUUUUAUUUCUC